AUGGACAAAAGUAAUUUCAAAGAAGAAAGUAAAGAAAAAGAUAAUAAAAACAUUGUUGAAAGAAUUGAAGAAAGUAUUAAAAAAAGGAAUAGAGAAGAAAGUAAAGAAAUAAAAAGAGAAAUAAAAGAAAAAGAAAUUAAAGAAGAAGAAUUAGAGGAAAUAGAAAACGUAAUAGAAAGAAAUAGAAUAAAUGAAGGAAAUAAAGAAAUAUAUGAAGAAUUAAUAAAAAUACCACAAAUACAAAGGUAUAUAAUAAAAAAUAUAAUUAAAGAAAUUGAAAUAAACUAUGAAUUAUAUGAUCAAUUUAAUAUUAAUUUAACAGAAGAAAGUAUUAAAGAAAUAUGUAAUGAUAUUAUAAAAGAAAAAGGAAAUGAAAAUAAAAUAAUUCAAUUAUUAAAAUUAUUAUCAAAAUGGGAAUUUGAAAGUCUUAAUGAAGAAGAAAAGAAUUGUAUAAAAAAUUGUAUUAUACAAAGUAAUAAUAAAUUAAUUAUUCAAAUUGGAUGUUCAAUAUUAAGAAAAGAUCAAAAUAAUAUUCAUUAUUUUAUUGAUUUAAUGAAUAUUGGAAAUGAUUUUGUUGCAGAAACAGCAGCAGAUAAUUUAUUUUCAGAAUGUUUAGAUGAUAAUGUUCUAAAUACAUUAAGAAGAUCAAUAUUAAAUAAUAUGCCACCAGUAUGUGAACGUGUUCAAGAUAUUAUUAUUUCUGUUUUACAAGCAAAUAAUCCUAAAAUGAAAGAUAUAGAAAAAAUAAAAAUUGCAUUAGAAUUAUCAAGAUAUAACCAUCUUCAUGACUUAAGAAAAUAUAUUAUUCAUAUCGUUGUUGAAGAAAAAACUCCUUUAAAUGAAAUUAUUCAAUGUUGUUUUGAAGUAUUAUCAAAAAAAUUAAAUUAUCAAAUUGAUUUAGUUGAAAGUAUUCGUUUUAUAUUAGAAAGAUUAAUUCCUUUUAAUCAACAAUUAAAUCCAAGAAGAAUGCAAUUAAAAUAUAAUAAUAAUUUUAUUAUUGUUUAUUGUCGUCAAACUGCAGAAGAAUUAAUACAACAAUUAAAUAAAAAUGGAGUUAUAAUUGCAUUUGGAGAUGUUAUACCAAAAAAUACAGCAUUAGAAGAUGUUGGAUUAAAAGAAGGAGAUGAAAUAAUGAUAGAUGAAAAUGUAGAAUAUGAAACUACAAUAACAAAUACAAUAAAAUUUAUUGAUAUAACUAAAAUAGAAAAUGAUGUAACACAAUUAAUUAAUGGAAAUAUUAAUGGUAAAUUACAAAUAUUAGAAGUUCUUCCUUUUAUAAAACAAAAAUUUGAACCAAAUUAUAUUCCAUAUAAAUAUUAUAAUUAUUAUAAACAACAAAAUGAUAUUGAAUUAUUACAUGAAGAACUUCUUUUAUUUGAUAUUAAUGAUAUUAAUAAUAAAGAUACUUUAGAAGUUUAUUGUAAAUUACUUACAUUAUUAUCAAAUGAUAUUUGUAAAACUAUUAUUGAAACAAAAUGUGAAGAAAUUAAUAAUGAAAAUGGAAUGAAAUUUAUUCAACAAUUAUUUAUUACACCAGAAUUACAUUGUGUUAUUCCAAAUGAAUUAUGGAAAUGGGUAAAUAAAAUUGUUAAUAAAUUACAAGGAAAUGAAAAACAUUCAUUUUGUUUUAAUGCAGUUAAAUUAUAUAAAGAUAAUCAUGAAUUUAUAAAUGAAGUAAUAAAAAUGAAAGACAUUGUUUUAGUAUCUAUGCUUCUUAAUCAAAAUCCAACACCAUAUAUUAUUGAACAAUGUAAAAAUAUUUUUAAUUUAUUUAAAGAUAAUAUACAAAGACAAAAAGAAUUAAAACAAUUUAAUGAAUUAGAUUAUUAUUAUUCAAUUAUUCAAUAUUAUUCUCCUAAUCCAAAUGAAGUUAUUGAAUAUAUUAAUCAAACAAUUUCAACAAGAAGAAGAUGGAUAUUAUUAACAUCAUUAAAAACAAUUCAUAAUAUAAAUGAAAUAGUGAAAAUUAAUAAUACAAUUUCAUAUGAAGGAAUAAAUGAAUUUGAUUUUUCAGGGUUUUAUAAUCCAUCCAAAUUAUGUUAUAUGACAAGUGUUUUAGUACAAUUAUUAUCUAUUGAAGAAUUUCAAACAAUAUUAAGACAAACUUCAUGUAAAAGUAGAGUAAUUUUAUUAUUAAUUUCAGCAUUAAAAUAUUUUACAAAGAAUGGAGAAGACUUUAAAAUAGAAAACCUUCUGUUAGAAUUACAAAAAUAUACCAAAAUGGAAUUAAAUGAAUUUAAUGAUGUAAGUGAAUUUAUGAUGUUAUUAUGGGACGUUUUAGAAAAAGAAUUACCUGAAGAAGAAUUUAAACAAUUAGAAAAACAUUUUAUAUUUCAAACUAAAAACAAAACAUCAGAAGGUAUUCAAAAAGAUAAACAUUUAUUUUUAAUUAUUCCUUUUGGUGUAAAAUCAAUUGAAGAAUAUAUUAUUGAAAGAAAUGAUGAAUUACAAACAAUUGAAGAAUAUCCAGAUUAUCUUCAAAUUCAAUUUCAAAGAUCAUUAUAUGAUAGUAAUAAAACACAAUGGAAAAAUAAUGAUGAAAUAAGUUUUGGAUAUUCAAUUAAAUUACCAUUAAAUAAUGGAGAAAAAGAAAAUUAUAUAUUAAAAGGAAUUAUAGUUCAUUUUGGAACUGUAAAUAUUGGACAUUAUAUUAGUUAUGUAUUAAAUCCAGAAAAUAACAUUGAUUGGAUUUAUUUUAAUGAUGAUAAAGUAGAAAAAAUUUCAUGGUAUAAUUUUAAUAUUCAACAAAAAUGUUUUGGUAAAAAAGAUAAAAAUGAAUAUAUUAGUACUGCUUAUAUUCUUAUUUAUCAAAAACAAUCAAAACUUAAUAAAAAUAUUAAUCAAAUCUUUCAUUUUGUUGAAGAAACUCAUCCAUUUGAUAUUCCUCUUCCAAAUUUAAUGGUAGAUAAAUUCUUUUCAUUUUCAUUACAAAGUAAUUUAAAGUUACAAGAUAUUAGAAUAUUACAUUAUCUUAAAAAUUAUAUGUUUGAUAUUACUAAUUAUCAAAUUGUUACUAAAAUGAUUAAAUUAUUAACUUCAGAAUCUGAUAUUGUUAGAAAAACUGUUCUUCAAAUGUUUUUAAAUUAUCAUAAAUCUGUUAAACAUAUUGAUUUUAGAUUUAUUGAUGUUAUAGUUCAUUAUGUAUCUUCUUUUUAUUCAAUGUUUUAUCCUUCUCCUUCAAUUCAUUUAAAAGAAUUUAUUACUUAUUUAAAUGUUUUUUGUGAAGGGGAUGAUGUUGAAAUUAAUUCAUUUAGAAGAAUUAUUAUUAUUUAUGCAACUAAAUCAUUAUCAUUACUUAAUUUAAUGUCACGUUCAACAAUUGAAGAAGGUCUAGAAAAAUUAUUUUAUCAUUUAAUAAGUAUUUCUCAUCCAACUAUUCAAGAUAUUGACCAAGACAAUCAAAUUAUGAGAUGGGUUUUAACUACUGAUGGUGGUUCAAAAAUUAUUAAAGAAUUAUAUAAUGGAAUGUUUUUAAAACUCGUUUUUAUUAUCAAAAAAUGUUUUGCUUGUGAUGAAGAAGAAAUGUAUUUAGACCUUUUUAAAAUGAUUUUAACUUCUAAUGAUAAAAAAGCUAUCUUUUCUUUACUUUCAAUUUAUUCUGAAUUUAAUAGGUCUUCAAUUAAUAAACCUUUACCAGAAGCUUAUUGUUAUGGAUUAUUAACUUUAAUUGAACCUACGAGACAUGGAAUGAAUGUUAUUCAAUUAAUUCUUUCUAUUAAAAAUCCAUUAAUAACAGAAUGUUUAGAUAAAAUGUAUGGAAGUUAUGAUUUAUUUAAAACUACUAUUAGAAAAUAUGCUCAUUCAUUAGAUAGUUCAUUAGAUACUUUUGAAGAUUCUAAAUUAAAAAUGUAUGAACUUGGAUAUUCUGAUGUUUAUGAUGAAUGUGCAAAACAUUAA